AUGUUUAUUAACACAUCGCCACGAAUUUUUACAAUACAAACAAUAAAGCACCUACCGAAAGAAAACAGUAAUGGUAGAUUGUGUAUGGAAUUAGAGCCAGUUAUACAAGUAUCUCGGAUCUUUGGACUUGCCCCAGUUACAGUGAAGAAUGCCAAGUGGACUUUAACUAAACUAGGAUUAUUCUAUUCUGCUCUGUGUUUUGCCUUCUAUAGUUAUGUGUUUAUUGACCGAGUUAUAAUGUGCAUUAAUGGAAAAUGGGAAUAUAAAUUAAAAUUUCUUUAUAUUACUAUCGUAGUAGCAACAGGUUGCUGCAUUGUUAUGGAUUUCAUCUUUUGUAUAUUGGGAAACAAAAAAUUACAAGCAUAUGUAAACAAUAUAAGACGUUUCGAUACAUUAAUGAAGCCUGGAAAUAAAGCGACAAUUAUGUUCAUUAAAUUAUUUUGGACAGUACAUGUCGGACUCUUCAUAUUUCUUCUUCCAAUAUCUGUACUCACUUAUAUGAUAGAUCUAAAACCAAUAUUGGGAGCAUUUACUUAUUUUGUAUUUUGUGAAGUGUUGCUUAUGGGAAUACUCAAAUUUCUAGCCUUCACUAUACUCCUUUUGAUCAGAUUUCGUGAAUUCAAUGAUAAAUUAGAGAAAGAUAUUACAUUUUUAAUUGACACUAAGGAGAAAAGUAGGAGACUAAAUUGGCAUGGUUUGUGGAAAAAGCAUAAAUACUUGAUAGAAGCAUCAAAGAAGUUGAAUUCAAAGUAUUCUUUUCAACUUUUACUUUGGUUCUCAGUUCUAUCUUUAAAUUCCAUUUUGCAAAUCUAUGAAUUACUAAAAGGCAAUCGUUCAACAAAGGAAAAUGUUCGUGAAAUGCUACUGGCUGUAUUUUUUAUACUACUAUUGACGGCGUUAGCUUCAAUCUGUCAUUUUACUGCUACCGAGGCUAAACAGAUGGGUAGAUUAUUAUCUUCUCCUGAAUAUUGUCAGGAAUGCAAUUUUCAAGAUCAACAGAUUGUUUUUUCAAUCGGUCAGUACUUUCAAUGCAACGAUUUUAAUUUCUCAGCGUGUAACUUUUUCAACAUUAAUCUUGGUGUACUGUUAACUAUAGCCAGCGCUAUAGUAACCUACCUAGUGAUAUUAAUGUAAAAAAUAGAAUUUUAAUUACAUAUCGAAAAACACAAU